AUGAAUCAAAUAGAAAAUAGUGGUGGAAACAUGCAGAGAUACAACAAAUGGGCAUUGGGCAUCCGAAUAAAGCGUCCAAGUCCGUCAAGAAUCCAUCAAAGCCCAAGUCGGCUUAUUCAAGCAGUUUGGAGUCGAUGUGCGGCUCGUCUACUUUCAAUAAUUUCACCUAUUCGCCAUACAGGGGGCAAACUCAUCAAAUACCCUCAGAAACCAAGGAAGAAGAAACACAUAAAAAGCCAAACCCCAGAAUCCAGUUUAAACUAUAACCUCAACUUUUUAACUCUAACAAAGACCUCUUCUCUGCCUGUCUCUCUAAUAAUGAACGUUGCAGCUCUCCAAUAACAUCGUCUCAGCCAUCACAUUAAUACUCUUCUUUAUCUCUGCUCUAUCUCCCUGUCCGACCCAUCUACAAAGGAGCUUGCUUUUCAAUAUGGGUUUCGUAUAUUGGAGCCAUAUGGUGGUAACGGUAUCAAGCCCAAUGAAGCACGAUUUACUCGCAGUUGUAGACUCGUGCAAGCUAAAGGGGAUGGGGAAUUAUGUUUCGAUUUGGUUAAGAAUAUUUGGGGUUUUAUCAAUGAAUUGCACGCGUUAAGGACAUAUGAUCCUGUUUUGUUUUGUUUUUGUGAGAAAUUGGAGGCCUGACAAUGGGCUAAAUGAAGCUGGAGGAGCAAUAUGAGAAGUAUGGGAGUGAGUUUGGAGGUGGAGCUUGCUUCUUUAUUAAAAGGUAUAGUGCAGGGACUGGAAAUAAGGAAGAGGGUUUUACUGAGUAUUUUGCAGAAAUUGAGGAAGACUGUUAGGUGUGUUUACGGAAAGAGACACACACAGAUAAUAGAGGAUUGGUUUAAGAAUCUUCCAAAGGUAAAUGGAGUGGAAAGUAGCAUGUGGGUCUGGUGGAGAGACACAAUUAACAAGGAAUGGGACGGUGGUGGCAUGGAAUUGGUUUGGAUUGGGGGAAGGGUUAAGGUGGUGGUGAAGAGAGGGUAAUGUUGGUAUGGGUUGGAAAGUUGCCUUUCAUGUUGGGAGCAGUUGGUUGUUAUUGAUAUUGCUGAUAUGGAGACUGAAAGGUUUGAGGGUCUGUUUGCUGGUUUGGCUAUGGAAAGGGAGGUUAAAGCUUUAUUUUUAAGUGAUUUUAUGGAAUGGCUGGAAACUGCCAAUUAUGAAGCAGUAGUGGAUGGAGCAAAUGUUGGACUCUAUCAACAAAACUUUGCCAAAGAAGGUGGAUUUAAGCAUUCCUCAGCUGACGCUGUUGUGAAAGAGCUGUACGAUCGGAAGUGGAAACUGGCCACCUUAUAAUCUUUGCAUAAACAACGUGUUUCCGGCACUCUUGAAAUCCCCUCUCAGAAAGCUGAUUCAGCGCGUGCGAUAGAAAAAGAAGUUCUUUAUACAACACCUCAUGGUUCCAACGAUGAUUGGUAUUGGCUUAAUGCUGCUGUAAAGCGGAGGUGCUUGCUUGUUACUAAAUGAUGAGCAAUGCGGGAUCAUAUUUUCUGAAAAGCUCUUUGGGGAGCAACUUUUUUCCUCAAGUGGAAAGAAAGGCAUCAAGUUAUGCUGCUUACCUCACAAGACUUCCUUUCCCAUAUUUUUAUAGCAUUUUUGUGA